GGGUCGGGAGGGGAGGGGUGACGGGUAGUGAACCACGGAGGGAGGAUAGUCGUAUGUUCACCGAGAAGUGCGAGCAAGCCUUGAAAACGGAUUCCCGGUGGGGUAGAUAACGGUCAUCACAAAGUGUAACUCCCGGUGAGUCGUCAUAGAAGUUUACAAGGAGAGAGCCGUGAAUUCUGGAGAAGUUCAAAUUCAUGGUAGGCCUUUCCGGACCGACCGACGGCCGUUGCGCGUGUAAACGGGACAGGACACUGACAUUCUGCUGUCAGCAUGGAGAAUUUAUCCACGUUCCCCUUUGUGUUUGUCAUUCUAUUACAGAUCUUGCCUUCUGCUCCAGUCACAGUCUUUACCACAGCACCUAUCGUAGAGGUCCGUGAGAGCCAAGCGGCAUCGCUGUCUUGUGAGUUCAAAACAGAGAAAGAUGAGCAGCCUCGGAUUGAAUGGAAGAAGACCAGAGGGACUUCGUCUUCCUCUCCAGACUUUGUCUACUUUGGGGAAGAAUUCAGAAAGAACUUUAAGGGCCGGGCUAGUAUGAGAGGGGCAACAGUAGUCUUGGAAGGGGUGACUCAGGAGGAUGCAGGCGAGUAUCGCUGUGAAGUCAGUGCUGCCUUGGACAACGUUCAGCUGGGAGAGGCCAACAUCACCCUUAUAGUGUUGGUGCCCCCCCAAAUCCCCUUGUGUGAGAUCCCGAGCCGGGCACUGACUGGCGCAGCGGUAGAGAUGCGCUGCAGGGAACACCAUGGUGUGCCCGCCGCCACCUACACCUGGUACAAAGACAAGAAGGCCCUGCACCUGAGUCCAGUCAACUCCACCUACACGCUCAACCCCAGAACUGGUGUGCUGAUGUUUACAUCUGUCACAAAGACAGACACUGGGCAGUACCACUGUGAGGCCAGAAACAAAGCAGGGCCGCCCAAGAGCUGCGAGGGGAUCCACAUGAAAAUUGAUGAUCUAAAUGUCCCAGCAAUCAUUGGAGGAGUGGUGGUGGUCUGUCUGGUUAUUGCGCUCUGCACCUUUGGAGCAUUUUAUGCCCAUAGACAUGGCUUUUUCAGUAAACACAGAGGAAGGUCAUUCUGGAUCACCCAGUGCCAAGGCGCAGCCCGCAUCAGCAGCCAGAACCUCCACAGAACUGAGGAUAUGAACACAAGGUACAGCCCUCCUCCAGAAGAGAAACAGCAGGACUUCAAACACACUCAUUCCUUUAUGCUGUGAUGGAUCCAAUGCCUUCAAAUGAGGAUAACUCACUCACUCUCACUCGUGUCCAUGCUGGAUGAUUAUGCCUUUCAGUCGGAAAGAUUCACAGACUCUGGGUCAGGUUACCAAGAUGGACAUCAAAAGUGGCCAAAAUAUUUUUGAACUCAUCAUUUUCACUUGUGUGGCUUUUUUGCUUUUCUCCACUGGCCAAACACACAAACCAAUGUGUCUUACACUCUUUCACUCUCGCUACUGGUGGCCUGGCCUUUGUUCAUUAAGACUUUUGCAUUGAAAAUUGCAUACAGGUGCCAUACUUUGAGGAUCUCGUUUUUCUGCCAAGAUAAGUGUACAGUGCAUAUAAAUGGAGCAGAGUGACGCUAUACGUUAGUUCAAUUAAUAACAGCUUUCAGUGAACAUAUUUAUGGUGCCUUAUUUUUUCUGGAGUGGUCUGCGUAUCUAUCUGAUGUGUAAAUAAUUUUGAGUUUCUUUGCCGUAAAGAAAAUUUGUAUGCUAUUUUUCCUUAAGAUUUGUAUGUGUAUGGAUGUGUGUAUGUAAGGAUGUUUUUGUUUCUGUACACUAUUGUCAGUAUUAAAAGGUUUUGUACAUA